AUGUUUGUAAUAUACGCUUUAUCUCAUGACCUUGAACUUGCCCCCCGCGAGCGGUCUAAGACAGUGGUUGACUUCGACUUUUCGGAAGAUAUGACGGCAAAAAUGGCAGGUAAAAUGGCCAAACAGCUUGCGGGGAGUGGAACUGGUCAGAGUUUCAUGGAUAGAGUUACGCAAGCUAAAUACAGCUUAGCUGGAUCUGCUUUGGGGAAAGUCGUUGCUAAGGCUUCAACAGAAGAACUGAUUGCCCCCAAAAGAAAGCACUUGGAAAAUCUGACAAGACUGAGUAAUGAACCAAGUGUCUCUAUACCCCUUCUUGUCAACUUCUUAUCCGAAAGAACUCGUGAAAAAUCCUGGGUUAUUGUAUUCAAGGCACUCAUAACUACGCAUCACUUACUUAAUUAUGGGAAUGAGUUAUUGAAGGUCCUACCUGUUCUUCGAGAUCAACUUUACGUUCUAUUUAAGUUCGAGGCUACCGAGAAGGAUCUCAAUAAUCUGAUUAUUAAUGCAGCAUUCAUCCUACUUUAUAAGGACCUCAUACGGUUAUUUGCUUCCUAUAACGAAGGCAUGAUGAAUCUCGUUGAGAAAUACUUUUCAAUGAAACCUUCUCAUUGCAAGACAGCUAUUGAACUUUAUCGGGAUUUUCCUAAUGUGAUGUCUAGAGUUGAUGAAUUCUUGACAGUAGCAGAGAGUCUUGGAAUUGGGGACAAGGAAUCGAUGGGAUUACAUCCUGUAAGACACUUCCUCAUAGGCAUCCUUUUUUCUGGUUUGAUGUCUGGAUUUUAUCCGACUAUCUGCCUACCGAAGGUGCCUCCGCAAAUACUUGAAGCAAUGGAACAGCAUCUUGCUCUUCUGAAAAAGAAGAAGGCUGGCGAAGAUGCUGAUAUUGACGAUGUGGAGGAGGUGACAGCGGUGGCUGCGAAGCCAAAGGAACCUGUAGCAAAACCACUGUCACCGGCAUCGAAAUUGAAGGCCAGUGCUUCCCCGGCUCGGCCGAAAUCACCCACCCGUCCGACCUCAUCACCGGGUGCAGUGAAGCAGGCCACAUCAACAGAUCCAGCAUCUACAGCCAAUAGUCUCCUAAUCGCCGACUUCGUCGAUACGGUGGCGGCUGACGAGACGAACGCCCAGGCGGCCGUAAAAGUGCCGCCUGCGGAGGUCGUAAUCACGGGUCCUGAUGGCGAAUGCACCGAGCCUGUAGAAGAUGAAGAGCAGACGGUGUUGGAGGAGGGACAAGAGGAGGAGCCGGAAAAGGAGGAGGGUGUGAGGGAAGAGGAGAGAGAGGAGGAUGAGGACGGAGGUGAAGGAGUGGGACUGUCGCCUGAACAGCAACAGGCCGUUAUUGCCGCAGCAACCAUUCAUUUUGUCCAGUCAGCAGAUCGCACCAACCAAGCAGUAAAACACUCGGUAACUCUCACCCCGCGACAAACGCGGAAAUCUUGGAACGAAUCAGGUAGUUCCACCCGCAGCGCCUCGCCCUCAAGGCGACGUAGUCCCUCACCUGCACGACCACCACCUCCUCACGCAACCUCACCCACCCAUCUGGUCUUUCCCCAUUCUGGUCGUUCCACCCCGGUUCACGACGAUUCCGAACCUGAGGGCAGGCCUGAUUAUGCACUGCUCUGUCAGUACCGAAGACGCGCCGAACGAGGCGGCAUCGUGGCUAUCGAUCGUUUGAGAGCGAGAGAGGGCGGGAAGAGCGAGCGAAGGAGAAAGACUCCACGCGCGCGUCUGUGCGUCUUUGCUGGCCUUCCUUCUGUACCUCCCUUCGUGGGCAUUUCGCUGGAAAUCUCUGGAUAG